UUCGGAAAUAGAAACAAAGUUGGUCACAAAUCACAUUGGCUUUGCUCGAAGUUUUUUUUUUUUUUUUUUUUUUCCUUCCCCACCUUUCUUUAGCAUGCAACUAUGGGAAAAGUGACCGCUCGUGUCAGUUGGGGAAGUCGGGGUGGUUUGGUGCCCAGGGAACGGCUGUAACUUCUACGUGACCAUGGUACCUGUUGAAAACGCAGAGGGCCCCAGUCUGCUGAAACCGAAGGGGCGAGCGGCGGAGACUGAUGGCAGCGACAGAGCCAGCGGCGGCCCGCAUCCUCCCUGGGCGCGAGGUUGUGGCAUGUAUACCCUCCUGUCGUCUGUCACAGCUGCUGUCAGUGGCUUCCUGGUGGGGUAUGAACUUGGGAUCAUCUCUGGGGCUCUUCUGCAAAUAAGAACCUUGUUAGUCCUGACCUGCCAUGAGCAGGAAAUGGUGGUGAGCUCCCUGCUUAUCGGGGCCCUCCUGGCCUCUCUAAUCGGAGGAGUCCUGAUUGACAGGUACGGGAGAAGGGCCGCCAUCAUUUUGUCCUCCUGCCUUCUCGGACUUGGAAGCCUGGUCUUGAUUAUCAGUUUAUCUUACACCACUCUUAUAGGGGGGCGCAUUGCUAUUGGAGUUUUUAUUUCACUCUCCUCCACCGCCACUUGUGUCUACAUCGCAGAAAUUGCUCCCCAACACAGAAGAGGCCUUCUCGUGUCACUGAAUGAACUGAUGAUUGUCAUUGGCAUUCUUUUUGCCUACAUUUCAAAUUAUGCAUUUGCCAACAUUUCCCAUGGCUGGAAAUACAUGUUCGGCCUUGUUAUUCCCUUGGGAGUUUUGCAAGCCAUUGCAAUGUACUUUCUUCCUCCAAGUCCUCGAUUUCUGGUGAUGAAGGGACAUGAGGAAGCUGCUAGUAAGGUUCUUGGAAAGCUGAGAGCUAUCUCGGAUACAACGGAGGAACUCACUGUGAUAAAGUCUUCCCUGAAAGAUGAAUAUCAGUACAGUUUUUGGGAUCUGUUUCGUUCAAAAGACAACAUGAGGACCCGAAUCAUCAUAGGUUUAACGCUGGUAUUUUUUGUACAGAUCACUGGCCAGCCAAACAUAUUAUUCUAUGCAUCUACUGUUUUGAAGUCCGUUGGCUUCCAAAGCAAUGAGGCAGCUAGCCUUGCCUCCACCGGGGUUGGGGUCGUCAAGGUCAUCAGCACCAUCCCAGCCACCCUUCUCGUAGACCAGGUUGGGAGCAAAACCUUCCUGUGUAUCGGUUCCUCUGUGAUGGCAGCUUCAUUGGUGACCAUGGGCAUCGUGAAUCUCAACAUCCACAUGAACUUCACCAGUAUCUGCAGAAACCAUAGUCCUAUCAACCAGUCCUUGGAUGAGUCUGUGUUUUAUGGACCAGGUAACUUGUCAGCCAGCAAUGACACUCUUAGAGAAUCCUUUAAAGGGAUGACUUUCCACAGCAGAAGCUCACUGAGGCCCACAAGAAAUGACAUAAAUGGGAGAGGAGAAACGACCCUGGCAUCCUUACCAAAUGCUGGACUAAGCCAAACUGAAUACCAGAUCGUCACAGACUCUGCAGAUGUCCCCACGUUUUUGAAAUGGCUUUCUUUAGCCAGCUUGCUUGUUUACGUUGCUGCCUUUUCAAUUGGUCUAGGACCAAUGCCCUGGUUGGUGCUGAGCGAGAUUUUUCCCGGAGGAAUUCGAGGACGUGCCAUGGCUCUAACUUCCAGCAUGAACUGGGGCAUCAAUCUCCUCAUCUCUCUGACAUUUUUGACGGUGACGGAUCUCAUUGGCCUGCCGUGGGUGUGCUUUAUAUAUACAGUUAUGAGUCUAGCAUCCCUGGUUUUUGUUAUUGUGUUUAUACCUGAAACAAAGGGAUGCUCUUUGGAACAAAUAUCAAUGGAGCUGGCAAAAGAGAACUAUGUGAAAAACAACAUUUGUUUUAUGAGUCAUCACCGGGAGGAAUUAGUGCCAAAACAGCUUCAAAAAAGAAAACCCCAAGAGCAGUUCUUGGAGUCUAAAAAGCUAAGGGGUAAGGGACAGCCAAGGCAGCUUUCUUCAGAGGUCUAAUGGCCUCAAAACCCUUCAAGUGUUGAUACAGAAAGAGAGUACUUAUGGUGUCUUCCUAUCAAUAUGUGUUAGCCACUCCUGUGUUUUCUUUUCAGUGUCAUAGAGCUAGUUUAAAAAGGAUAUCCUGAAAUUAUAGUCUUUACUCAUUACCCCGCCCCCUAAAGGAGCCAUGAAAGGUAUUUGAGGAACAAGGUCCCAAGUGGUCUCUUUCUUACUCUGAGCAGGAUACCAGGAUAAAAAUAAUACCAGCUGGUUCAGUAUUUUCCACCUUCUUCACAGAGGAGCCUUUGAAAGACGAUAAACUAGUGAUGAGAGCAACUUUUAUCUUACAGUUUGUUAUGCACAGAGGCCUGUUGUGGCUUUAUUAUUCAGACACAUAAGUUGUCCGAACAUAAGCUUACAGUUCUUUGCCUACCAAGACACUCCCCACACUAGGUCUUGUGUAAAAAAGAACCAAGACACAAUACAGACAAUUGCACACAUGUUCUAGGUUAGGAUGGGGUCCUGGUUAGGACUUUAGUGAUCAUUUCUAAUUAUAGUUCAACAACUAUAAAGAUUAUCCAUCUUAUUUUAUGAAUCAUGAACUACAAUGUAAUUCAAAAUCCUCUUUUAUGAAUUUGAUGUUAGUAUUACAAAGUAUUAAAAAAGAAGCAACUCUGCAAUAGUUGAGAAAGAUAAGCAUUUUUCUAUACAUUAAAAAAUAUAUGAGUAGAAAGGAUACUUUCAAAAUCGUGGGAUCAUAUUUAUUUAGUAGUAGUUGUUAGUAAACAUGAGAAAAGAAGGAGUCAGGUCAUUAGGUUAUUUAUCCAAAUCUGUAAGUAAUUAGGUUUGAGUUACUAAGUUAAGCUUGCACACGUCUCUCUUUGUAAGGCUUUCAUAACUUAGAGCCAUAGUUUCCUGCAGUUCUUCACACGCCUCAGGAAUAUCACUACCUCAAGUUACAGCCUAUGGGCUAUAACUGAUGCUGACUUUCAGAUGCUUGCAGACAUAAUAAAUGACAUCUGGACAUUGGGACAAUUCCCUCACUAUGUUCUUUUCUAUGAUGAAACAGAGAUCACUGACUGUACCAAAAACUUGGGUUUUCACCCACACAGUAAUGGACUGCUCUUUUCUGUACUGCACCAGUUGAAUUUUAAGAUGUGGGGAGGCAUUUUACCAAUACAAUUUGGUACACUGGUAGAAAAUCUACAAUAAAAAAUCUCAAACCAUUUAUGCAGUAAUCCAUUAAGUGACUUAAGCUAUGGGAAACACACACAAAAUAUAUUGAACAACCUAAGUUGAAAAAGAAUACAAAAAUAUGAUUACCCUGAAGAAAAGAGAAUCCUCAGAGUCAAAAGCCCUUUUCAUUUAGCCUGAAAUUUUUGUAUCGGCCCGUAACAAACUGUCCCAGUUUGAUAUAAGGAAGUAAGAUCUACUGCAGCCCUUUAUAAUGAAGUGGUCAGACUUCAGCCUCUGUAAGCAACAGUAAAACUGUAUUAUCAGAAACUCAGGAGAAUGACUAAAAGCCCUGGUGCUGAAAAACACUAUCUUCAUUAAAAUUGGCAGGGCAACUUAUGAAGAAAGAUCUGCAAUCUCCAUUCUGCACAGUACAUUUCUCACGCAAGUUAGAGCAUGCAUUGUUCAUUUGUUCUGGAAGAAGGGAAAGUAUGUUCUGUAGAGGUAAUCGAUUGAAGAAAUUUAUUAAGAACCUUCAGUGGAAUUAUAUGCUGACAUUAAAAAAGGUCAAGACAGGUAAUUAAUCAGUAUGAUUUUUUUUUUCUUUGCCAAGCAUCACAGAUUGUAAGAUACUAACAAAACUGUUAAACUGUGCAAGUUCAAACACUGUGUAUCCAUUAGCUAUUUCAUGGCUUAGCCAUGCAUUAUAAAUGGGCAGGAAACGGUUUAUAAACUUAGUAGGUUUAUCAUUAAGUGAUUUCAACUUCAGUAUCUUAAACAUUCUAUUUUUCUUUUAUUAUUCAGAAUCUGUAAUGAAACAAUUCUAUUUUGAAGCUAAUUUUUACCUAAUACAACCCCAACUACAGCAUUUUCACUUUCAAAAAUAAAAAGGGGUAAUACUUACAAUUUUUAUGUAUAUAUUUACAGUCUUUAUUUAUAAAAAAAAAAUGUACAGCACUUGUGAAAAGCCAGAAGACAUCAGACACACUCAUUUCUUACCAGCUUUAAGUCUAGUGGGUCACACCUAUGGCACUUUGCCAGGUGACGAGCAGCAGCCCUGAAACCAGACCAGUCGGAUUGUCUUUCUUCCACUUUUCUGAGAAAGCGUUUUGAUGAGCUACUGAUCUACCUAGUUUUCAAGUCACUCCAAUACUGAAAAAUCUUAGAACAUUUGGAUCUGCAUCUUGGCUAUAUCAUCUUGUUCCCCUCCAGCCCUCCUUCUCUUUUUCCUUUUCUGUGAACACUGCAGAACAGGAGAUCACUUAAUUACUGUUAAUUAAGUUUAAGUGAAAGCUCAAAUUUUUCAAACAGUCUGCCCAGAACCUAUAAUUUUCAUUGAAUUUUAUUCUGUAUAUAUUUUAUGAGGCUACCUAAACACAAACGUAAAAAGUGAGAAAGAAGUCUGAAAAUCACAAUUAAGUCUCUCCCAAGAGAGAAAAUAUAAAAGUUAGCCCUUGCCUCCAACUUAUGAAGAGUCAGAGGAAGGGCAGGGGAAGGUAUUGAGAAGACAAAGAUAAACAUAAAAUAAUAUGUAUUGUUCAGUACAGUUUUCAAGAUUUUAGAACAUGGUAGGGAAAAUGUACUAGAAUAUAGAGGUUAAAGUGUUCCAAUUUUUCACAAAGGUUCCAAAACAUUUUGGAAAUUCAAGGUUUUAGUGGAAGACUAUGUUGUAUUAUUAUCUCUGUUAAUGUUAACUGAGAACUAAUAUGACUCUCCACUUAGUUUGAUUUCUAGGUAAAAUCAUUCUUAGUUAAUACUCAAUUGGUCGAGCACCACUACAGCUUGAUACUGUUAUUACCAUUCCCGGGCUCAUGGGUGAGCCAGAGUCACUGGUUCACAAAUGCGUAUUUCCUGUUAACUUUAAAGGCGCAAUUCCAUGUAUUGAAUAGUCACUCUUUAGCUUCAUUCAAUAAGACACAGCAAGGGGAAAGACUUAUCUUGCAAAAUGGCUUUCAAGUUCAAGUUGAACUGCAGUAUUAAUAUAGUCACACUGGGGCACUUCUUGUUAAAACAGCACGUUUCAACUUCUGACAAGACUCCUAAUAUACAGCCUUGAGUAUCAACCUCAGAUUAUUCUUUUCCUAUAACCAGAGUUGAGUCUUUCCAGAAUAACAAAGGUACAUAUGAGGUACAACCCAUCACAGCUUUUCUUGUAUUUAUCUUGUAGGUAAUAAGAGGUUUCUUUUUUUUAAAACUACAAUUCUGCAACUUUUAAAAGAUGGUUAACAUUUUCUACCAUGUUAAAUUAGCAACAUAAAACAUUAUGCUUAAUCUAUACAGUUCUACUCUGGUUCCCUACAAUUUAUAUACAGGUUUUCAUUUCUAAUCUUCAAGAAAAAAAAAAAAAUUCCUAUUUGAUAUUUGGUAACAGAGCAUUAAAAGAUACUAUACACAUGUGGCAUAUUUACAAAAUACACUUCAAAACGAAGCUGACACACUUUAGCAAAAGUCUAAGCUUGCAUAGAUUAAAAAAAAGAAUUAUGAAUACAAUUUUUGUUAAAAUAGAAAAAUGGGGAAUAAAAGUUAUAGAAUGGAUAUGAAGAGAGAUUUUUUCCAAACUUUUAUUUGUGCACAUUCAAUUGAAAAAGAUAACUUUUACAGGUUCUUUGGUGCCCAUAUUCAGCAUACAAAAAUGUAAAAGACUAUUCACAAAUAAAACACAUUAGCUCAAACUGG